GACAAGAUCGCUAAGGCCUUAUAAAAAGAGCCCAGAACCCACCGUCAUUCGCCACAUUUUGUUCGGCGUUUAGUUCUUGAGGGGAAAAAGAGGAAAGUAGAGCAAGCAAUCAUGGUGAUGAAGGUCCAUGGAGGCGUCGCCUCCACCGCAACGAUGCGGGUCUUCGCUACCCUCUACGAGAAGAACCUUGAGUUCGAGUUCGUCCCGGUCGACCUGCGAGCUGGCGAGCACAAGAAGGAGCCCUUCCUCGCCCUCAACCCUUUCGGUCAAGUCCCAGCCUUUGAGGACGGAGAUUUGAAGCUGUUCGAAUCAAGGGCAAUUACUGGAUACAUUGCUCAUGCGUACGCGGACAAGGGCACUCCGCUCGUCUGUGAGGGCAAACCCAUGGCGACGGUUGGUGUGUGGAUGGAGGUCGAGGCCCACCAGUUUGACACCUUGGCGUCGAAGCUGCAGUGGGAGCUCGUGUACAAGCCGAUGUUCGGCAUGGCCAUGGACGCUGCUGUAGUUGAGGAGAACGAGCCCAAGCUCGCCAAGGUCCUCGAUGUCUACGAGGCCCGGCUGAGCCAGUCCAAGUACUUGGGCUGCGACUGCUUCACGCUCGCUGACCUCCACCACCUCCCGACCCUGACCAACCUGAUGGGGACGCCAUUGAAGAAGCUGUUCGACGCCCGCCCCAAGGUGAGCGCGUGGGUGGCCGACAUCAUGGCCCGGCCUGCUUGGGCCAAGGUUCUUGCCAUGAGGAGCCAGAAGUGAAGCAAAUGUUCUAGUUUAAAUUAUCUGGUGUUGGGGGGGAAUAACACUAGACCUUUUCUCCCCUCUUAUUAUGUGAGUUUACAACUGUAUUUUGUUGUUGGUUUUGUCCUUCUUUGGUCAAUGUUUUAUGUGGGAGUUGGAUGAACUUAUAUGGGAUUUUCUCUGAAGAGUCGUCUUCAAUCAUCAAAGUUGGAGAUGAUGAUAAGGCUGGUGCUUUGUGGUUGUCUACUAUGAGCAAUAUAUAUUGGACAUAUGCAGAGUUAUGUUUUAUGAGUCAUUGGCUUA